AUGGAAGAACCUCAGAGCCUACGGGCGCUGUUUGCCACCGCCAAGGACAAUAAGACAGCACUGGCAUCGCGCGGUGACACCAACACCGACACGUAUCGCGACGACGUCAACUCUACUAUCGCCAAGUUCCGAGAAUGCCAGCGCCAGGUUGGCAUUCUCUCAUUGUUCAGCUCCAACGAGACUUUGGAUGAUGUCUCCACGGGGGAUAUCCCGUACCUGAUGCUUGAAUACCACCUGGCCGAAUUGAUGCAGCGGGCGCCCAGCACAGAUCGCGAAUCAGUCCUUCGAAAUGCACUAGAACAAUACGAGAACUUCCUCUCGCGUGUGGCCGAAUACGGACUCCUGUCGGGUGGGGAUAAAAAGCUCUUCGACCAAUACCUGGCCAACCCAUCGUCAUUCACAUUGGCUCCGGUGAAUGAUGCGGCGGCGCGGCGGGACAUCAAGGUUACGCGAUUCAGAGAGGAGAAAGAGUUGAAACAGAAGCUCGAGUACCUUUCUCGGAACGAAGCUCGACUCCAGAGUGACGACGACGAUACUCGGAAACUCUACCUGGCCGAAGUCCAACUCUAUACACAUCAAACAUUUCAAGCGCUGGAUCUCCUGGUGCAAGAAUUGUCGAUCCUCGCCGCCAUGCGCCAUGCGCCACCACCCACUCAACCGGUGGACGACGAUGCAAGACAGCGGAGCAAUUUGGGAGGAGAGAAUUUCUCCGAUCGGUUGGAUCCGUCUGUGUCACAACUACUAAGAGGAGGGAGAGGAGGCCCGUUGUUGAAUACGAAAGGAAGGCCGAUGCAACCGUUCACCUUGCUGGACAAGCGCUCGCAGCUGCAGCAAGGAGUGUUUCGGUCCGGUCACAACCUCCCGACGAUGACAAUUGAUGAAUAUCUGGAAGAGGAACAUCGACGCGGGAAUUUCAUCGAGGGUGGAGGAGAGCAGUCGGGGAUACCACCCGAGGUAGACGAGGAUGACCUGGACAAGGCCGACGAGGAAACGAUGAAGGCCCGGGAGUGGGAUGAAUUCAAGGAGGCCAAUCCACGGGGAGCCGGAAAUACAUUAAAUCGGGGUUGA